GCGGCAGUGGACACUUUGCGAUGCUGGGUCACCUGCGCUUGUUCGCGGUAUCUUGGGCCUCUCCUCCGCUCUUGUGGGUGCUGGAAGGGAUGGCGACCUGGGUGCCUGACGCAGAGCCAAGCGUGUACCCGGGAAGCAAAAUGAGAAAAUGCCGUCUGUGUGACUGUCCCAGAGUUUCUCCUGAACCGAGUCUCCUCAUCAGCCUCCUCCUGGGCUAGUUGUCACUUAGGCCAUCAGGAGCUAUUCGAUUCCAAACAGCAGAAACCCCAACUCAAACCGGCUGAAAGUAUAAGAGGACUCAUCAGCUUACGUCCUGGAAAGUCUCAAAGUAGGUCUGGCUUCUCGACACCUUUCUAUGAAACCCCCCGUUGUAAUUCCAGGAUGGUUGCCAAACAUCUCCGGGGCUGCAGGCUUCCUCUGUGCAGAUUCAAAUAUGCCCACGAGUGCCCUGACACUUCCUUUAAAAGGUGGAGCCAAGUUCCCUUCUCCUUGAGUGCUCUUCCAACACCUAGAAAAAAGCAGAAGUGAGUAGGCCCUAAAAGCCCAGGAAGAGGCCCACGAGGUGGACAACGGAGGCCUCUGACCAACAGCCAGGGAGAACCGUGCCCCCUGCCAGUGGCCACUGAAAGGUCUGGAAGCAGGGCCACUUUAAUCCAAUGAGCUUGGCAGUUGGUCCUCAGCCCCGGCCGGACCUCAGGUGACAGCAGCCCCUCGUGAGAGACCCUGAGCUGCAGCCACCCAGCAGAAGCUACUCCUGGAUCCCCGGCCCAUGGAAACUGAGGGAGAAGCUGGGCAGCAUGGAGUCGGUUUAUAUCAUCGACCCUGAAGAUGUGGCCCUUCUCUUUAAGUUCGAGGGUCCCACUCCAGAACGAUUUUCCAUCCCACCGUGGGUGGCCUAUCACCAGCAUUGCCAGAGACCCCUCGGCGUCCUGUUGAAGAAGUCAGGAGCUUGGAAGAAAGACCGACUGGCCCUGAACCAGGAGGUGAUGUCUCCAGAGGCCAUAAAGAACUUCAUUCCCCUGCUGGACCCAGUGUCUCAGGACUUUGUGAAAGUCCUGCACAGGCGCAUCAAGCUGCAGGGCUCCGGAAAGUUCUCAGGGGACCUCAGUGACGACCUGUUUCGCUUUGCCUUUGAGUCCAUCACCAACGUCAUGUUCGGGGAGCGCCUGGGGAUGCUGGAGGAGGUGGUGGACCCUGACGCCCAGCGGUUCAUCGACGCUGUCUACCAGAUGUUCCACACCAGUGUCCCCAUGCUCAACUUCCCCCCAGACCUGUUCCGUCUAUUCAAGACCAAGACCUGGAGGGACCAUGUGGCUGCGUGGGAUGUGAUUUUCAAUAAAGCGGAGGCAUACACCCAGAACUUCUACUGGGACCUGAGGCACAAGAGAGAUUUCAACAAUUACCCCUGCAUCCUCCAACGCCUCCUAAGAAGUCACAGGCUGCUCUUUGAGGAUGUCAAGGCCAACAUAACAGAGAUGUUGGCAGGGGGUGUGGACACGACGUCCAUGACAUUGCAGUGGCACUUGUACGAGAUGGCACGCAGCCUGAAAGUGCAGGAGAUGCUGCGGGAGGAGGUCCGGGCUGCCCGGCGCCAGGCCCAGGGAGACAUCAGCAUGAUGUUGAAGCACGUCCCGCUCCUCAAAGCCAGCAUCAAAGAGACACUGAGGCAAGCCCAACCCUCUCAGGCCCACCCACCUCAUCCCCCACAUCCCUGGGCAGGGCCGAAGGGAGGGCGUUGGUAGGAAGUGAGAAGUCCGGGGAGACAGCUGGGAAUGGCGAGGGAGGAGAGAAGAGUACAUCCCGUCCCCAGAUCCCCCCGGGGCACUGGGGCUGAGAUGCCUUGCUGGGUGUACAGGCUCUGUCCAGGCCUCAGGGCAUCGGCUUCCUUUUCUGUUGUUUUAAAGUUGAUUUAUUUAUUUUGAGAGAGAGAGAGAGAGAGAGAGAGAGAGAGAGAGAAUGAGCGCAAGUGGGGGAGGGGCAGAGAGCGAGAGGAAGAUCCCAAGCAGGCUCCGCGCUGACAGCUGACAGCGUGGAGCCCGACGUGGGGUUCGAAGUCAUGAACCGUGAGAUCGUGACCUGAGCCGAAAUCAAGAGUUGGAUGCUUAACUGACUGAGCCACCCGGGUGCCCUGGGGCAUCAGCUUCUGAAUGCCUUCCUCUGGCAGACUCCACCCCAUCUCCGUGACCCUGCAGAGGUACCUUGAAAAUGACUUGGUUCUUCGAAAUUACAUGAUUCCUGCCAAGACGUUGGUGCAGGUGUCCACCUAUGCCUUGGGCCAAGACCCCACCUUCUUCCUCAAUCCGGGCAAGUUUGACCCAACCCGAUGGCUGAGUAAAGACAAGGAACUCAUCCACUUCCGGAACCUGGGCUUUGGCUGGGGUGUGCGGCAGUGUGUGGGCCGGCGGAUCGCUGAGCUCGAGAUGACCCUCUUCCUCAUCCAUAUUCUGGAGAACUUCAGAGUUGAAAUGCAACAUCUCAGUGAUGUGGGCACCACAUUCAACCUCAUCCUGAUGCCCGACAAGCCCAUCCUCCUCACCUUCAGGCCCUACAGCCAGGACCCACCCCAGGUGUGAUUAGAGAGGGUGGACGCUGCCUCUCCCACCUCUCAGGCCAGCGGGGGUGCUGGAGGAAGGUCGGGGUGGGGCCCAUGGCGGUUCUGCUCUUCAGUCCUCAGCCCCCCUCCCCUGCUCCUUUUGGGCCAGCUCUGGGAGGAGAAAGUUGGCCGGGGCACCCCUCUUUCCCGCCACCUCUUCCCCUUCUUUUCCUGACCCAUGAAGGCAAUAAAUGGCCGAACCGUG